GAAAAUGUUCCGUUAAAGUUUACUAACAUUAUUCUCCUCUGGGUUUUUUUGCAGAUAAAUCAGAUAAUGGAGAUGUGUACCAGAGGAGGAGAGGACCUAACACUGCCAGCUCAGACGGACAGGACACAGGAAGUAAACAACAGGAAGGUGUCGGGCAGACAGGAAGCAGCUGGAGACGGAUUGUUCUCCUCAUCCUCGCCAUCACCAUCCACAACAUUCCAGAGGGUUUGGCUGUGGGCGUUGCAUUUGGAGCUAUUGGAAAGACCUCAUCUGCUUCUUUUGAAAGUGCCAGAAAUUUGGCCAUCGGUAUUGGCAUCCAGAAUUUCCCAGAAGGCUUAGCGGUGAGCCUGCCGCUCCGAGGUUCAGGGAUGUCAACAUGGAAAUCCUUCUGGUAUGGCCAGCUCAGCGGCAUGGUAGAGCCCAUCGCUGGGGUCCUGGGCGCCCUCGCUGUCGUCCUGGCUGAACCUCUGCUGCCGUACGCGUUGGCGUUUGCUGCCGGAGCGAUGGUGUACGUGGUGGUGGACGACAUCAUACCUGAGGCUCAAGUCAGUGGAAACGGGAAACUUGCGUCCUGGACCUCCAUCGUGGGCUUCGUGGUGAUGAUGUCACUGGACGUGGGGCUGGGUUGAGAUCACCGUGUCGUCAUGGCAACAGAACACUCGAUGGCUGUGAGGUCAUCACUGUGCUGCUGGCUGUAGUUUUUUAAAUGGGACCAAAUGAAGUGUUUUAUUCCUGAAACGCUGUUAAUCUGUUUUGUUUUGAAUUGUUGCUUAUUUAAUUUAGCAGUGGAAACAAAUAUUUUGUAAGGAUGAGAGUUUCUCAAAUGUAGGAAUGAAUUUAUAAUAAAUAUUUAACGGAUAUUCUCAUGAUUCCAGCAUUUGUGGUUGUUUUGUUCUCUUUUGAGUUCUAAAACUAAAUAUCUUAGUUGUAAAAGUUAAAAUAAUGUUAUUUGUUUAUAAUUGGAUCCUCCUUCCCAUGUUUGUAUUUCCUCAGGAUGGCAACACUUGAAGUUCUGAUGAAGUUCAAUUUGGUAAUUGAUGAAUAUUCUGUUCUGUUUCGACACACAAUGUGGUGUGUUUGUUUACACUCAACACAUUUAAAACAAACAAAUGUCAGUCUCCUGUAAACAGAUGUAGUGCCUUCUUCCUGUCAGGACUCUGCUGCCCCCUGCUGGCGGUCUGAGGAAUCACAUGUUGUUGAAUUGUUUAAAUGCUGAUGUUUACUCUGAAUAACAAAGAAUUUCUAUAAUUAAACAAGAUCAACACUUGUCUUCAA